AUGACUUCCAGUAGCACCCCAACACCUGUCGGAACGGGCCCUGGGCCCCGAAAACAGUCAUCACCAUUUCAAUGUCAGAGAUGCCGUGUUGCACUUAUUCCACACAAGUCACUCCUUGAUCUAAAACCUGCUCAGUUCAAUCUUCUCACUUCAUCACUGCAACUUGCCGUUAAUGCCAAAGAAAAACAGCAACUUCAAAAUGCUGCUUCCGGAUACACAGUUUACGGCAUUGGAGCUCCAGGAUCUGAUCCUUCAAUACCUCAUGUCCCCUGGGGUUUAUCAACUUUACCAGAAGAAUCCCAAAGCUUGUUGUUUGGUCGCGGUGGUGCUGUUGGAUCAUUCAUUGCACUUCCAGAUACCCGCGUUCUGCAGGCAGAACAGCAAAACAGCAUGGCUGCACGCGAGGCCAAAAAAUAUACAGCAUCAUCUUUUGCAAACUCUGGAACGAAAUCAUCGGCUACAUCAAGGCAAGCAUCACCUUUAGAAACCCCUACAGGAAGAUCACCGUCACCAUUUUCAAACGGAGACGGUUCUAAAAAACCAAAUAGCAGUGGAACAAAUGGAUCCAAUUCAACAGGAUCUGUUUCUGCAAAUAUAAGUCAACUAGAAGCUCGCUUUGAAAUUAUAUCUUCUAAAAGUGAAAUAGACUACCCCGUGUGUAUGGAGUGUGCUGAGAUACUCAAAGAAUCUCUCAAAUCCAAAUACGAAGAAGAGUGUCGUGAACGUGACGCUUAUAUCUCAUUUAUGAGUACUCUUAAGGCCGAAGCUAAUCCCACUGAAGCCGAAAUCAAACAACUUACUGAACAAAUAAAGCAACUGGAACUUGAAAACGAAGAAGCUCUAAAAGAACUGGAACUGGCAGAAAAAGAGCAAGAAGAACUAGAUAAAGAACUUGCAGAUCUUAAAAUAAAAUAUAAAGAACUGGAGCUUCAAGAAGAAAAUUUUUACAAGGACAGAAACUCAUUCAUUUUAGAAAUGGCUGAAGUAGAAGCUGAAAAAGAUCGCGUCGAAUCGAUUCUUAACUUUGAACUUACAACACUUACCCGCUUACAAAAAGUCAAUGUAUACAAUGAUGUUUUCUACAUUGGGUCUGAUGGAUGCUUUGGCACAAUCAAUGGUCUGAGAUUAGGCCGCCUUAAAGAUCGCAUGGUUGAAUGGUCUGAAAUAAAUGCUGCCUGGGGUCAAACGUUGCUCUUACUCUAUACAGUCAUCAACAGAAUGACUUUAAAAAUUGAAGGCUAUCGCCUUCGGCCACAAGGUUCUGUUUCUCAUAUUGAAAAGUUUGACAGAGAUCCAAAAUCUGGAGAAUAUACUAAAUCAACAUUUCUCGAGCUCUAUUCUUCUGGUGACUACACUUUUGAACGUUUCCUUAACCAUAAACGACUUGAUGCCGCUAUGGUGGCAUUUCUUGCCGUGAUGAAACAAGUUGGUGAUUAUGUUGAAGCAAAUUUUUCCGACUUUAGACUUCCUUAUGGUAUUGUUGGAGACAAGAUUGGUGAGCAUAGCAUUCGGCUCUCUAUUAACGCUUCGAACGAAAAGUGGACUGCUGCUUGUAAAUAUGUGCUCAUCAAUUCCAAGUGGCUCUUGGCCUAUGCUUCACAAGAAAAAUUUAAUUCUAGUAAUUCUAAUUAA